AUGUUUUUGAUCUUGCUAGGUUGGCAGCCUCGGUGGUUUGUUUUAGACAAUGGAAUAUUGUCAUACUAUGAUUCACAGGAUGAUGUUUGCAAAGGCAGCAAAGGAAGUAUAAAGAUGGCUGUGUGUGAAAUUAAAGUUCAUGCAACAGACAACACAAGAAUGGAGCUAAUCAUCCCAGGGGAACAGCAUUUCUAUAUGAAAGCCGUUAACGCAGCUGAAAGGCAAAGGUGGCUGGUAGCACUGGGGAGUGCAAAAGCCUGUUUAGCAGAUACCAGAACAAAAAAAGAAAAAGAAAUAAGUGAGACCAAUGAAUCUCUUAAAACCAAAAUGUCUGAACUUCGUCUCUACUGUGAUCUUUUAAUGCAGCAAGUUCAUACAAUACAAGAAUUUGUUCACCAUGAUGAGACUCGCUCUCCUCCCAGCAUUGAGAACAUGAAUGAAGCCUCUUCCUUGCUUAGUGCCACAUGUAAUACAUUUAUCACAACCCUUGAAGAAUGUGUGAAGAUCGCUAAUGCCAAGUUUAAGCCAGAAAUGUUCCAGCUGCCUCACCCUGAUCCCUUAGUUUCUCCUGUGUCACCAUCACCUGUCCAAAUGAUGAAGCGUUCCGUUAGCCACCCUGGUCCUUGCCAUUCAGAAAGGAGUAAUCACUCUCUAAAAGAACCAGUUUCAUCCCUUCACCGAUUUUCACAGCGGCGCAGAAGAACGUACUCGGAUACGGAAUCUUACAGUGAUACUCCCAUUGAAGAUUCUCAGAGAUCUGCUCACUGUUCUAGAAGUGCUGUCAAUGGAGAUCUGGUAUCAUCAACCAUUCCUGAAGAAAAUAGAUCAAUAUCAAAGGAAAGAUCUGAACCGGAAGAGGCUCUUUCAUCCUUUUCUUUUUGAAGACACUGAAAGUAUUAAAUUUUCUAUAAAUAAUGCUAUGCAAAGGCUGCUGUAAUUAUACUGUUGUUAUAGGAAGUAGUCAUUUCCCUUUUUAGAAGGAUUUCUCUGCACUUUAUAGAAUAACAUAAAAAGUAUCUUUGAAGUGUAUUUUAUCUUUAUAUAGUUUAUUUGCGAGAGUAUUUUCCUAAUAUUUCACAGUUUGAAUGUGCAUUUUUUGGAACAAAUGAUGGCUUAACAGAUAAGCAUCCACAUUUGUAAAUGUAGCUCUUUUUUAAAAGUGUGACAGUCUGACUGAUACGUUAGUAAACCUGCAGGUUAUAAACUUUAGCAAAAAGGUUUCUUUUU